AACACGCUGACGUCACCGGUGCCAGCGUGGAAAGGCACGUCGCUUUAACAAACCCGGAAGUGUCUAGUUCAUCCGGCUCCCGCAACAUAUCCACAACAUAUCCACCAUUACCGAGCCGAACCCGACGCCUCUACUGGAGAUCAGCCCCGGGGCCAGGCUGCGCGGACCAUCCCGGAGCCUGUGUGUGAGCUAGAGUUGGCCUCUCACUGAUUGUCACGGCCACAGCCAGAGGAGAUGGUGGACAACACGCUGGCUCAGGUGGGACACAACCUGAGCCAGGCCAUGAAGAUCCUGGACUCCAGGGAGAUGGAUGGUUUCACAGACAGGAGGCGCAGUCGCAGUCGCAGUAUCCCAGGACCCCUACAGGGAGAUGGUCAGGACGUGACCUCCAUCCUGCAGUUGGUUCAUCACCUCAUUCAUGAAGAGGAGGAAGAGGAGAGCUCCCAGACACACAAAGGACAGCAGGUGGGCGAGCAGGCUCACAUGGCUCUACUGGGGCAUAGUCUGGCGGCGUACAUCUCCGUCCUGCCACGGGACAGGCUGAGGAGCAUAGCCACCCGUGUCCUGUCCGACAGCACUCUGUGGCUCUGCAGACUCUUCAGGUAUGAGAAUGCGUGUGCGUACUUCCACGAGGAUGACAGGGACGGCCUGGUGCGCGUGUGCCGGCUGGUGCUCCACGCUCGCUAUGAGGAGUACCCUUCUGAGGGCUAUGGGGCGCUCACCUCCAAACAGCCCGUCAUCUACCUGAGCGCCUCCUGCAGGCCGGGCCUGGGACAGCACCUCUGCAGCCAGCUGGGCCUGCCUCUGUCCAGCCUCUGCACUGUCCCCUGUAACACCAUGUUUGGCUCCCAGCACCAGAUGGAUGUGGCGCUGCUGGACAAACUGGUGCGAGAGGAUGUGGACACAGGGAAACUGCCUCUGUUGCUCAUCGCCAACGCAGGGACCCCAGCCGCCGGCCACACAGACAAACUGUCCCGUCUCAAGGAGCUGUGUGAGCAGCACAACAUGUGGCUCCAUGUGGAGGGGGUGAACCUUGCCAUGCUCGCCCUGGGAAACCUCAGCUCUCCGGUCAUGGCGGCCGCUCGCAGUGACAGCCUGACUCUGACCCCUGGACUGUGGCUGGGGCUGCCGGCCGUGUGUGCUGUCACUCUGUACAGACACGAGGACCCUGCACUGUCCCUGUCCGCGGGCCUCAUGUCCAGUGGGCCCCUGGAGAAACUGAGGGCCCUUCCCCUGUGGCUGUCCCUGCAGUACCUGGGACACAGCGGCAUCGUGCAGAGGAUCCAACAUGCUACGACUCUGAGUCAGCAGCUCUUGGAGAAACUCAAACCUCUGUCAUCCAUCCAAACUUCAGUGGAGGAUGAGCUCACUUCUCCUGUGGUCCUCUUCAAGUUCAGCCCAGACAGGUGCACUGAGUCCAACGGGGGAUCUGUGGAGAGCUACUGUACCCCAGAGAAGGAGGUGCUGGAUACCUUCAACAGAUGGCUGGGACAGGAGCUCGCUCGCCUGGUCCCAUCCUGUGGGGUGGACGUGGUAGAGCUCGAGGACGAAGGAGCCUGUGUCCGCUUCAGCCCCCUCCUCACAGCGGCAGUGCUGGGGACGCAGGCGGAGGAUGUGCAGGAACUAGUGGACAGACUGGCAGAGCUGCUCCCUCUGCUGAGCUCCACGGUGGCCCUCAGACAGGACUUCAGAGAGCAGGCCCUCAGGCACCGGCCCCUGCUUACAUACCUGGAGGAGAGGGGCUGGGCCGGGCUGGGGGCUGUCAGGUAUGAGCCUCAGAGCGAGGGGCUGGAUGAGGAGCGCAGGAGGCAGCAGGGGGCGCACAUCAACCGUGAGCUGCUCAAGAGACUACAGGAGCUGGACCCAGACAUCAGCUUCUGCUCAGGUCCUGAGGACACAGAUAAUGUCUGUGUGUAUGUGGGCAUGGUCUCUGAUGACGUGGAUGUUGUGCCACUGUUGGACACCAUCGCUGCCAUGGGGAGGGACAUUGAUGACAGUGGACGGCUUCUGGAGAACAUGAGUGAGGUGGUGAGGAGAGGCAUCCUGGAGGCUGAGCAGCAGCUACAGAAGGCCAGUGAGGAGAAGCUCCUGGAGGAGGGGGCGUUGCGACAGCUUCCCAUCGUGGGCUCUGUGCUGAACUGGUUCUCCCCAUUGCAGAGCUCCAUAAAAGGCAGCAGCUUCAACCUGGCAGCAGGCUCGCUGGACUCUAGUGAGACCACCUACUCCACCAAAGCACAGAGCGGUCGCACCCCCACCCAGGACACGCCCACCUCCUCUGCCAAGAGACUGCCUGGUCAGAAGAUGUUCAGGCGCUCAGGUGGAGGCGCAGACUCCUUCAGUGAGACUAGCUCCAUGGGACAGCCUGAGGAGCAGAGCCAGGGCAGUUCCACCCCUGUGAGGAUCCCAUCUGCCCUCAGUGACCACCCCCUCCAGGAUCAAAGCUCCUCUGGACAGGACGAAGGCUCCUCUGUCCAGGGGGAGAGCUCUGUCCAAGGGGACAGCUCUGUCCAGGGGGAGGCCGCGUUGACUUCCACAGACCAGCAGAUGGAACAGAGAGCCAGAUAGGAGCAUGUGGGUGUAUCCUGAAGUGUACCAGCAGAACCAAAGUUCAGGAGAGCUCCUGCCUGCCAGUCCCACUGCUAGAGGGGGCUUUACAUCAGCUGUGUGAGGGAGGGGAGGGAAGUGUGGUGAGACCAGGCAGCUCCAGUCUCCAGAAGCAGCCAAGUUACAAAAGAUAGACUCCUUUAUACUCCCAGUUAUAAGCAGGUCAAAUGUUAUGCUUUCUAUAUUUGGAAUACUGUAUACUAUAAACACAACUAAAUGUAACACAGAUAUGCAGCAUGCCCCAGCUUUAGAGUUAACACUCCCUUAGACAUCAUCUGGCUCAGGUUGGCACAGUUCAAUGGAACAAACAUGUUUCCAUGAUUUUAGGACCACAAACCCAAGCUUGUAUUAGUACAGGCUGGUCCAGUCUAUGCCACACCAGUAUAAAUGAGCCUUAAGACAUCUUCAGGAGUUUGGCCUUUAGCAUAUUCAAGUGAGAUAUCAUCAGCUUGUUUGUGUCAAAACAUUCUGAGCUGCUUCCUGGUGGAUUCAAAACAGUCCCAAAGCUUUUUUAUAUUAAUAUUAGAGCAACUGUCCUUUUUAAAGUUCUCAAAAAGAGUAGUGUAAACUUAGUUUCUGUUCUUGAUUUUUUCUAUUUUAAAAACAUGAAAAACUUGAACUUGUUCAUUUUAAACAGUUUACAGUGGUCCAAAGUUAUUCCUCUUACCUUAACCAUUCUGAGCAUCCUAAUUAUUCUUUGCAAUGUUUUUUGCAAUAGUAAAGCUAAUUUUAGAUGCAGACAAUACAGUACACAGCAGACGUACUUUGACCUCGAGAGCUGCUUAUACAAUAUAUCUGUAUUCAGACACAUUUCGCUUAAAUAAAUUCAGUAGAGGACUUUUUUUUUUCUAUACACCCUCUGCUUCUGUCCCACCCACCACACUCCUCUUCCCCACUGCCCAUACAGCAGCAGGUUAGUGGAGUUUUAACAGAAACGUUUGCACUACUUUCUUUGUCCAAGUUAACACACACGCUUUUCUAAACCUGUUUUUAUUGACUGGUGGCUACAGCUAAACUUCUGUAGCCCUCUGUGACUGUUUUCACAAUGAGUCCAUUUACAUGCGCUCGAGUGUCCAGGUUAUGACUUCUGUACUCUUCUGAAUAUGAUAUGUAUGUGGACUCAGAAAAAACAGGAUACUCAUCAUAUCCCUGUAUACAUGAGGAAUCCUGGAGUAUCCUGGACAUUUACAGUGGCAACUAUGGCAACCAUGGCACAGAUAUGACAAGGAGCUAAACAUGUUGAUAAAUGUGCCAACUUAUGUUUUUUUUUUUUUUUAGUAUGUUUUAGCAAGUUCCAUUUAAGUUAAAAAGGAACAGACAGCAGGCAGCCACAGAUGUUAGCCAUAGUGUUAAAAGGAGAUUGUAUUAAAGUAACUGUUUGGACUACUACCGUAUUUUCCGGGCUAUAGGGUGUGCUCUUAAGCCUCCAACCCCAUCAAAAAACAACUGCGCACCCCACAAUCCAGAGCGUCCCUAUACAUGAAUCCACUCUGGUGUCCCAGCACGACUUCAGUAAACUACAAAGACGCACCACCCCCAGAACACACAAACACACAUGGACAGUCAGACAGUGACCGCACAGCGAAAAACACCCACAGCCACACUCAUCACUCCACGCCGCCGAGGAACGGACCGAAAAAACGAGUGCAAUGUGCCACUUCUAGCCACCACUGAACAACUGAGUCACUGCGAACACGCUGACAAUCCAGUGGUCCCAGACAGCACCCUCCCUACACGCCACAACUGCAACAAAGUCCAGAGUCACCGUGAACACCACAAACAAACAAAACCACUCACCCAUCACACUGUUGUGUUUCCUUUAAAGUCCGGUGCGGUUUAUUUGUGAAAAAAGUUCAAAAAUAGACCAUUUAAUGCCAGUGCGCCUUAAAAUCCAGAGCGUCUAAUAGCCCGGAAAAUACGGUAAUUUUACACAGUUCAUUAUAUUGAAGCUUUUUUUUAAAUUACAUUUCUUUCCCAUUGGCCAUUUUUUUUUUAGAUUUGAAAUUUUACUUCCUGAUUGGAAAAUGUGACAUCACACUAGGUCAUUUCAUAACUGUUACCGAGAACCCAUGCUGUAAAAUAGUACCAUGUGUCAGAUGUUUGAGUCGUUUUGGGAAAGUAACUGCUCCUACUGUAUGUUACUUUAGUUUGCACAUGCUCAGUACAGCACCAGUGUUGAGAACUCAGGAUACUGUGUCUACAUGCCACAGUAUCCUGAAUACUCACCACCGGGAUACUGGCUCAUCCAGGAGACGUCGUCAGGAUACUCCAAAAACCUGAUCAUAACCAGGAUACUCGUGUGGCUCAUUGAUAAAAUCAGUUAUAGGGAAAAUGCAAACUAACCAAUCAAAAAAAAAAAAAAAAAGUUAUGUUCAUUUAUUUCUUCAAGUUAUAAAUUUUGCUAAGAUUCUGUGUUUCCUGCCUUCUCUUCAGCGUGAUGAUGGUCUGUUGACAUUUGAACCAUGUGGGGCAUUGUGACACUGGUUUCUAUUGAUUCAAGCACGGAGCUCAUGAAUGCUUCGCAAACACACUAUGCAGUAAUAAUCUACAUCUACAUUACAUUACACCAGUACAUUCAGAUAAAGACAGGAUUGCGGAGUCAUGCCAUUUGUCUAGCUUAUUACAGCUAAAUGUUAUAUUGCACAUUACUAUUUUAAGUGUGAAUAUUAAACCUGUCCACUUGAAUACAAUUUGUAAUGGAUCUGGACACUCCACUGAAUUGGCAAAUAUUAGCUAGGAAUUAGUAAGGAAUUUUUGCAACAGGGUCAAAUAUGGUAGAAUUAUUUAAAGGUGCAUUGCUUAACUUUUUUGGAGGAUGGUACGCUUGUCUUCAUGGUGAUGACAUUGCUUUGCCUAGAAUAUGUUUAUGUAUAUCUAUAGUAAAUUGGUAAAUGGUCACACUUUUCCACCUUCAAGGCACUCUUUACAACAAAGAACCAUUCACACACACAUUCACACACCAAUGUACGCAGACACUGUGUGGCAAGGUGGGUUAAGUGUCUUGCCCAAGGACACAACGACAGCAUUCAUCUGUGGGAGCUGGAAUCACACCAGCCAACCUGUGGGUCAGUGGACCUGUGAUGUUUAUGUUGAGAGCUGGAUUCGAACCACCAACCUUUAGAUCAGUGGGCAAAUGCUCUACCAACUGAGCUACUGCCACCCCCAUGUAUGUAAGCUCAGAGAUGCCUUAAUAAUAAUAAUAAUUUAAAAAAAAGGUGUUACUAAGAGCAGGAUCACCUCUCUACAGAUCUGACCUGCAACUUGGCCUAGUUAGACACGUUUUAUGCCAUACAUUUAAACAAUUCAGGGAAAGCAAUAACACUUCCAUGGAGGCAGGUGGAGUAUCUUACUCCAGAAAAUUUACAGAGCACAGCUUUAACAGUUAUAUAUGCGUAAGGGCAUUUCUUGGUCUCUGCCCCCGUUGGCCCAAUCUUAAACCUUAAGAUUUUAACUUAAGACAUUUGACAUAAAUUGAUUUUAUGUCAAAGUACUCAUUACCAGAGGUGGGUAUAGUAACCAAAAAUUGUACUGGAGUAAGAGUAUUGUUACUUCAGUGAAAAUAUUACUCAAGUAAGAGUUUAGGUAUACAGCAAGAAAGUUACUCUUAAAAGCAUGAUGUUUUUUUAAUAGGUUACUUAAGUAAAUGGUUAGUGAGUCCUACCCACCUCUGCUCAAUCCUGCUUUCACUAAUCACAGUUUAAUUAUGGAGUUGUGACAGACAAGCUAAAAGAAAUGUUAAUGAGUGUAUAAUAUUGAAAAUACUGCAUAAAUUAUAUCCAAAUAUUAUUAUUUUUUGUUAUAUAGGGCCUUAAAUUAUAAAACUACUCGCAACCUUUCCUCUGCUGCAAUGCGUUGUCGGUGCCAUUUCUGUCCAUAAACGAGUAAUAUUUUGAUUUAAGAAUAUAUGUAAUUGUGCAAUAAAUGACACUAAGCUUCUCCUAGAA